AGGAGGAGUUACGCGUGCCUAAAAACGGUUGUGCGCAGUUUGGAAACCGUCGUCAGCCAGGCGAGAGUCGAAGCGCCUGUACCGAUGUGAGCACUCCGGGCGGAGCAUGGGGGAGGCACCAUGGGAACCAGGUUCUACCAGCAUCCCUACAAACCAUGCAGAGCAGACGCCAUCUAAUCAGCAAUAAAUUAGGGUUUCCAGUGUAUCCACCAACCAGGAGAAGGCUUACGUGGGAUACCUGUCCGCCCUUUGCUGAUAGAUAAAGUCUGCUUUAACCUGCUAGGCUGCGGGGAAUGAUUUGGACAUUAAGAAAGAGCAUAGAAGAGGUUCAUAUGUCGCUUUAGAGGUAGCAUUUGAAUGGGAUACAACAAUCUCGGAAAGGAGAUCAUUUUGAUCAACUGGCAUCGUCCUAAGUAUGAAAGGGGUAAAUGUUUCCAUGCCUGGAAAUCGGUCAAGGCUUUUCAGCAGUAUCUGCAUUCAUUCAGCAAACUUCAGCAGAAAACAUUUACAGAGGUUAAUAUGGCAUUUCAACAGCAUCUGCAUUCAUUUAAUGAACUUCAGCAGCAAACCUUUAAAGAAGUUAAUAUGGUGCAUUUGGAGAUUACUGAUAUUUUAAAUGAAACCAUAAGGAAAAUGGAGAAUUCCCAGAGUAGCCCUUUCAGAGCAAAAGUGACCAGUACACCAAAAUAUGACAGGGAUAAUAACUCCACCCAAGUUAUGGACAGAACGUACACACCGCUCACUGUCACAAAUAAGACAAGUGUUCCAGAGGAAAGUCAGAAAUUGCGGGAUGAUCCAGCAAAGGGAGAGCAUUCGGAGACAUAUUACAGUGCAGCUUCUGAGACGCCUGGAUUCCCAUUAGUGGCAGAAUCAAAACAAAGCAAUUCAUCUGAACCUUGUGCAAAUGAAUAUCCACCUGUAUCUACAACUGCUGAUGUACAGUACAAAAAUAUACUGAAAUACACCAGCUGUCAUGACUCUCAACCCAAAUAUAAUUGUGUUUCUUUUGAAAGUGAUAAUGAGCUUGAGGAUUUACCUCCGCUCCACUUAAAAGAAAAAAAAAGUGACACUGAAGAAAAGAUGAUGCAUUUAAGAAAAACAGAUCUCUAUCCACUUAAUAAUAGCUCUAGCCAAUCUCAGUGUAUGGAUAGGAGCUACAGACCACUCACUAUCACAGAGAAAAGUGAGAAAUUGUGCAAUUGCUCAGCAAAUGCAGAGCGUGCUGAAAAGUAUCAUAAUUCACCUUCUGAGUCAAAAUCUCUCUAUACCAUUAAUUCAGUUGAACCCUAUUCAAAGGAAUUUCCAGAUUUAGCUAUAAGAGCUAAUGUAUUCACCAGCUAUCAUAACUCUCGGCCCAAAUCCCCUUUUGUUUCAUUUGAAAGUGAUGAUGAGCUUGAGGAUUUGCUAAAACAUCAGAAGUUAUCACCUGGGCAGUUGAACAGAAAAGAUAGUAUUACUGAAGAAAGACAGUUUGAACUUUUAAGGAUAACAGAUAUCUCUUCACCUCUGAAUGAAAACAGUUUGCUUGGUGUAUCUGCAAAUACCAGUCACCUAAUGUGCCAUGCAAAAGAUCCACUGACUGAACCAACCAAUAACAUUCAUGGGAAUAAUCAAGGAAUCACGCCUUCACAGCAUCAGAGCAAAACAUCUCUUAUUAAACCUCAGACUGAGAUUAGCAGGCUCUCACUUAAUGAUACUUGUUGGGACACCAGGAACACAGAACAGUGUGAAAAUGAUGACUGCAUGGGAAAGGAGGCAACCCUAGAGCAAGUUGUACAUUUUAAACAUGAACUCGAAAAACUUGAGAAUCAAAUGAAGAUUUUGGAAGAUGGAGAUAUAGCCACGAUUAACACAAUUAUCAGCGAACGCGUAUUGAAGAUACAAGAACUAAGAAAUUCCCUAAUUAAAUCAGACAAGUCAGAAGUCCGAGACCAGCGACUCAGGAAUGAAAACUUUGGUUUCCAAAGGAUGUUAGAACAACUCCAUAGGAACACACAAUUCUUACUGGAUGAAAACUUCUACUACAGAAGAGAAAUCAGCGAACUUAGGACAGCUAAAGCAUUCCUUCAGCUAAAAUUAUCUAGUGCGGAACAAGACGGAGAAGACUAUGUCCAGGAAAUUAAAUUCGUGGCUGACAAAUGUGAAGAGCUUCUGAACCAAAGGAAACAUAUUCUGGAUGAAAGAAAUUUUUUGAGUAUUGAAAAACAGUUUUUAAUGAAAGAAAUAGAGGUUUUAAAAAAAGAGAUGAAUAAAAAGCUAGAAGAACUUGCAUCAGUUACCAUCGAGAAAGAAAAUCUCAUUAAAGUGUUGAGUUCUACAAAGGCAAGGCUAGUGUCUUGUACUAAGGAGAAACAAGAGCUACAGUCCAAGCUAACAAAGGCUUUGAUUGAAACCUGUCUGUUGAGAAGAAAACUAGAUGGAUACGAAAUCCAGCAGAUUUCAGCAAACAGAAUGACUGAAAUGCAGCAAGUUGGAACAGAAAAACAGUUCUGAACACUGGAAAUGAUAGCUACAAAAGACAGAAAAAUGUGGCUAAAUCUCAAAGAAGUCAGAAAGGAAUGCUGUACCACUCUUUAUAAGGUUAAAACAUCUUUCAAAAUAAAUAUGCUAUUUACAUGUA